CUUCUUCAUUGUUAUGAAUUGAAUCUAUUCUCUUCAAAUAUCAAUGGCUUUCACAAUCUCAUUCCCUAUGUUUCGUUUCCUCCUCACACCAUCAGCUUCUUCAAUCUCAACUUCCACGGCUAUUAGGGUUCCACAUUUACACGCGCCCACGCUCUCCACUCGCCCCACUCUACUAAGCUCCAACUCAAUGAGUCAACCCCUCGCCGAUUCCCAAACCAUCGCCAAUCAGACCCAAUCGCCGUCGGAAAACGCUGAAGUGGUGCUGCAGUACGUGGUGCUCCGGCGGGACCUGAUCGACACGUGGCCGCUUGGUAGUGUGGUGACGCAGGGUUGCCAUGCUUCUGUUUCCGCCGUUUGGGCCAACAAAGACGAUCCUUUAACUAUCGAUUAUUGCAGCCCCGAGAAAAUCGAUUCCAUGCACAAGGUCACACUUGAAGUAAAGGGAGAAGCGCAGAUUAAGAACUUGUCUGAGAAGCUCACAUCUGGUGGAAUCAUUCACAAAAUGUGGAUUGAACAACCUGAAAACAUACCUACAUGCCUUGCCACAAAACCAUACCCUAAAUCAGUUGUAUCUUCAUAUUUUAAGAAGUUAAAGCUCUGUAAGUGAUUUCAUGUUUGAAUAUAACCUUUUGUAUUUUCUCAUUUGGGAUUUUGAUGGAAAAAGAGAACGAUGUUUUGGUUUUGGUA